GAGAAACCGAGAGAGAGAAAAAAAAAUAUAAGGGAAGAGAAGAAGCUUGGUCAGGGAAGGAGAAGGAUGAGAUUGACAGUGGGGCAGAGAUAUUUCGCUUACUUGGUGGGGUUAAGCACCACGUAGCCAUUAGAGUCACUCAUUUAACCUAAUCUACCCAGAGUAGUACUAUAUCUUCUCUCAUCGAGGUUUGUUCAUCGUCCUCGGCUCUCUCAGGAACAGAACAGAACAGAACAGAAGGAUCCGAGCUCUGCAUCUGAGUUGAUGCAUCCUUCAACUGCGAAUCUCCAAUGGGUUCGGGAACGAGCUGAACGGGAUCGUCGAUCUCCAGGUCUCGAGCUACUCUACGCAGUCAAAGAAGUUAUCCUACCGCCGGCGAUCAGGACGUUAAUCACAUUGUCAAGAUGUAAGGCCGACGUGGAGCUGCUCCGGCUGUGCAUGGACGAGCUGGAGGUGGCCGAUCAGGCAUUCGUCACCCCGGUGGAGAAGUGGCUGGAGAUUCAACAUCGCUCUUCUCCAUCUAAUUUCCCCCCAAAUCUUCAGAAGCUUUCUCUCACCCAACUAGCCACGAUCAGAAACCCUGAGCGAUGCGGCUUGGAAUACUCCCCCUCCUAUUCUCUAUUCAAUAUUUUGGUUAUCCAAAUCUACCAAUUCUAG